GUAUCUACUUUGCAUGUAAUAUCGCACUUAAUGAUGGCCGAAAAACCCUCUAUCGAGAUUUACUAUGGAUCAACUCACUCAGGUUUAACUGUGCUCUAUUACGCAGGGGUACUAUGACAAUUGAAAGAUAUUAAUGACAGGUCAUAUUUCAUUUAUAUCUCUUAAUUUCAAUAACCUUUAUGUUUACAACCCACCUAUAUUUGACGGUAUUUCAAUGAGCAUAGGUUAUACUUGUAUGCGAUAUUGCAGUGCUUUCAAGAAAAUGCUGGCACAAAAGGGACCAAAAGUGAGCGCACGUGACGUCAAAGCCACAAUUUGGGAAAAAGACCUCAAAAAGUUGAACAGAAAAUUGACCACAGAAUUCCAUUGCACACAAAUGUCAAAGAAACCUGCUGCUGCAGAGCAAUUCGUUCGUCUCCUGGUUGCUGCCGGGAAAGCAUCACCAUCACCCCCAGUUGGUCCUGCCCUCGGUGCUCGUGGUGUGAAGUCCAUGGAUUUUUGUAAACAAUUCAACGACAAGACAAAGAACAUUAUCGCCGAAACCCCCAUUCCUACUGUCAUAACCAUCAAGCCAGAUCGAACAUUCACAUUCAUAACGAAGUCACCACCUACACCAUUCUUGUUGAAGCGUGCUGCUGGAAUAGAAAAGGGCGCUUCCAACCCUGGUACCGAAACCGCUGGCAAGGUCUCACUUAAACAUGUUUAUGAAAUUGCAAAAAUCAAGCAACAAGACAGCAACUUAAAACAUCUUAGCCUUCAAAGCAUCUGCGGUAGUAUCAUUGGCGUUGCCAAGAGCAUUGGUAUCCAAGUUGUCCAUUGAUUUUAAUAUGUAUGACCUCUGCUGCUGUUUGAUAUAUCGCAAUGUAAAUGCAACAUGGUUGUUGCUCUAGACAUUACCCUUUCUGUACAAUUAGAACAUAUUCUCUGGUCAUUUAUACAUAAAAACCGCCCAUAGAUUUCAAU